UUUGUGCCUCUGAUCUUCUAGAGACGGUAAUUAAACGGUGUGAUAUUUGGAUUAUUUCAGAUCUUGUGUAACAAGGUAUGUUAUGAAUUUUCCUAGUCAUAAUGAAUGUCUUUGUUCAGUGACUUGUAUAUCCAUGACAAUGUAUUAUAUACUCUUGGUUACGGUACAUUGUAUGAUAUUAACCUUUGUUUUUGUUACAGGCAAAAGCAAAUAGGAAUUAUUGUUGGCAGUUUGGUUCAAUAUAUUUCCAACCAAUAGCAAGGGACAAUGGCUACAAAAAUGCAUCACAAGAAUUUGGGAAAGUCUGGUCUAAGAGUGUCAGUUGUAGGACUAGGUACCUGGGUAACGUUUGGUGCACAGACUUCAGAUGAGACUGCAGAGGAGCUACUCACAUUGGCCUAUGAGAGUGGCAUCAACUUCUUUGAUACAGCGGAAGUUUAUGCUGCCGGAAAAAUUCAUUUCACUGACCAGAUUGCUAUGAG